GGCCAUAAGGCACUAGUUUCCUUUAUCAUUUUUACACUACAACAUGAGAACUUCUUGGUUGUUGUCUAAAAUUUUCUUCCUUAUUCUCUAUGGUGUUGUCCAUAUUGAAGCUUUCCAUCAAACUCAUUCUUCUACCUUUAAUUUGAACCAAACAUAUAAGCCUUCUUUUCACUUCCAACCUUCCAAAAAUUGGAUGAAUGACCCUAAUGGUCCUAUGAGAUACAAGGGACUAUAUCAUAUAUUCUACCAACACAAUCCAAAAGGAGCAACAUGGAGCAACACUAGCAUUGUUUGGGGCCAUUCAGUUUCAAAGGAUUUAGUGAAUUGGUUCUCAUUACCACAUGCUCUUACUCCAACCAAACCCUAUGACAUCAAUGGAUGUUGGUCAGGUUCAAUCACAUUUCUCUCUAAUAACAAACCAACCAUCUUAUACACUGGAAUUGACAAAAAUAACCACCAAACUCAAAAUUUGGCUAUACCAAAAAAUGCAUCUGAUCCAUUUCUUAAAGAAUGGAUAAAAUCACCUAAGAAUCCUUUAAUGGUUCCAACUAUAAGUAACAAAAUUAAUGCAACAUCAUUUAGGGACCCUACCACUGCUUGGAUUGGUCAUCAUGAUGGAUUUUGGAGAGUACUUGUUGGAAGCCAAGAAAAGGGCAAUAAGGGAAUUACACUUUUAUUUAAAAGUAAAGAUUUUAUUAAUUGGGUUGAAGCUAAAACUCCAUUUUAUUCUGCCAAAAAAAUUGGAAUGAUGGAGUGUCCUGAUUUUUUUCCUAUGUUGAUUAAUGGUUCAAUUAAUUAUGGUAUUAGGCAUGUGCUUAAGGUUAGUUUAUUUGAUGUGGCACAUGAUUAUUAUUUGAUUGGUACUUAUGAUACUGUUAAGGAUGUUUUUAUUCCUAAUAAAGGGUUUGAGGAAAAUAAUAAUGAGGUUUUAAGAUAUGAUUAUGGAAAGUUUUAUGCAUCUAAAACAUUUUAUGAUGGUGUGAAAAAGAGAAGGGUGUUAUGGGGUUGGGUUAAUGAAUCUUCAAUUCAAGAGGAUGAUGUUCAAAAAGGUUGGUCUGGAAUUCAGGCAAUUCCUAGGACUAUAUGGCUUGAUAAAUUUGGGAAGCAAUUGAUCCAAUGGCCUAUAGUUGAGAUUGAAAAACUACGGACCAAGCCUUUUGUAAACUUGCACUCCAAAGUGUUGAAAGGGAGAACAUUGUUUGAAAUUUCUGAUGUCACGGCAGCACAGGCUGAUGUUGAAAUAUCAUUUGAAGUGAAUGAUCUUGAAAAGGCACAAGCAUUAGACCCUAGUUGGAAAAUGGACCCUCAACAUCUAUGUAGUGAAAAUGGUGCAAAAGCAAAAGAGACAGGAUUAGGACCGUUUGGUUUACUAGUUUUGGCUUCAAAGGACAUGCAAGAAUACACGAGAAUUUUCUUUAAGGUAUUUAGAGCAAACAAAAAACAUGUUGUGCUCAUGUGUAGUGACCAAAGCAGGUCUUCUUUGAAUCACAAGAAUGAUUUAACCACUUAUGGAGCUUUUGUGGAUGUGAACCCUCUUUAUGAUGAGUUGUCAAUAAGAACAUUGAUAGAUCACUCUGUGGUGGAGAGUUUUGGGGGACAAGGAAAAGCAUGCAUCACAUCAAGAGUUUAUCCAACGUUGGCAAUCAAUGAUAAGGCACACCUUCAUGUGUUUAAUAAUGGAACAGUUGAUGUUAAGAUCAAGAAAUUGAGUGCAUGGAGCAUGAAAAAAGCAAAGAUUAAUGAAAUAUAUUAAUAUAAUUAAGAAAAUAAUGGAGAUGGUGGAAUAAUUGAACAAGAAGAAAUCACUUUUGUUCUUCUUGUUUAGUGGUUUAUGUAACAUGUUAUGUCAAUGACAUUCCUUGUAUUGGCAUUUGAAAAUAAAAUAGUUAUCAUUUUGCCAUAUA